AUGACCAUGGUGGCCGCACGGCAGAGAAGGCCUAGUCACUUGGCUGGCAUUGCCAUUCCGCCCGUCAGCAUGCAAGCCACGACAACGACGACGACGACGACGACACACGCCGCUGCUCCUCCUACCUCGCCUCCCUGGACCGCCGUAUCGCACUCGCUCAAUCCCUUUGGCGAUUCCAAUGGCCGGCGCGACAGCUUCACCACUCCAUACCGCCGCACAUCGACCUCGACAUCGCUCUCACUCUCGCUCGCUGCCCACGCUGCCGCUGCCGCUGCUCCUGCUGCCCGCCCGCCCUUGGCCCGCAGCAUGACUUCGGCCUCGCACCUGCCGCGUCAUGCCAAAUUGCACAAGCGCUCCGACUCGACCUCGUCGGCUGCCCCCACCGUCUUCACCAUGCCGUCACCCAUCCAGGACGAAUUCACCCACGCCCUCUCGUCCACCACCACGGCCAACACGUCCACUCAGAAUGCCCGCCACUCGUCCGCCAACAAGAUCAAGCCCUACCUCCGCAAGAUGUCCUUGCGGGACGACGACUUGGACCAAGGCCGUCUCGAUCUGUCGCGUCCGUCGGCCGAAAACGAGUCGCUAACUGGCAUCGGUAUCUGCGACGACGCUCCCUCCUUCUCGAGAUCUACCUCGGAUGUCUCCUUCAUCCCAUCCACUCGCCGAAAGGCCUCUCACUCCCGUGCCACCAGCGGUCCCGCCUCUCUUGCCGUCGCUGCUUCCGGCCCGCUGCGUCCGACCCAGCCCUUUGCUCCUCUGCGGGAAGCCCCUCGUGCUUUCACCCCGCCUGCCACCGUCUCGCAGGGCGACACAUCCGACGAUGAGGCGGAGGAAAGCGUAGGUGUGCUCACCAACGACAUUCGUCAACCCGACUAUGAGCCUUGGAAGCCUCGCAGAUCCGUCUCCAUCUCCUCGAAUCCUGCAAUCACUCCUCUCUCCCAAACCUACACUGCGGGCUCUCUCACAAAGCUGACCAGUGCAUCCCAAUCCAACCUCUCGAUCCGCUCGCAACCUUCAUACGAUCAGCUCAAAUCUGGUCGCUCGACUCGCAACAACGGUAGAGGCAGUGAUUAUCCUGCGACCCCGUCUGCUCGCACUUCGAUAGACAAGGCCUUUAGUUUCAUCACACGGACCUCUGAGCCAGAGGAUGCGGCCUCGCGAGCGGCCGCCAUUCGUGCUGCUCGUCGGGCUUUCGAAGAAAAGGAAGCGGCCAAAGAUCGCAAGUACGAGAAAGAAGAUGUCAAGCGAAGAGCUUCGGUCAUCAAGAAAGAGGAACGCAAAUGGCGAAAGUCGGACCCGCGUGCAAGCAUGACCAGCAAUGGCAGUAACAGCAUCGUGGUCGACGAGGAGAAGGCAGUCGCUGGCACUGACUAUGCCACUCAAACCCCUGCCCAUGAUCUCAGUCUUCCUAUACAAGGGGAUCAGAGUGGUGCUGCUCCGACAGUGCCCAUCUCGCCACCAGCACCCAGCAAAACCAAGCAGGCAAAAGGUGGUUGGAACAGGAUGCUCGCCUGGACACGGACCAGACUUCUCAACUGCGGCGGCAAGGCUUGA